UGUAAAUUUAAGCAUAACGUACCUAAACGGCAAUGUCACUAUCCUCGUGCUAAAAUAGUAUCAAGGUUUGAGGUAGGGACUUAAAAUCCAACGAGUGACAUGCAACCAUCUGCUAAUGGAUCGACACACGAUUUUAACAGAAACAGUCCGAUGAUACCCUGUAUGCGUACACAAAGAUGGCCACUGAUCUAGUUGUGCCAGCUGUAGGCCAGGUUGACAAGCAGUAUGACAGACCAUUCACCCAAUUUGAGAGCGAGGUAGACAAAACUCUGAUUCAGUGUUUAGAUUAUCUCUUUACAUCUGGAAUACACAGUGAUGUGACCUUUGUCAUCAGAGAGACUGAGGAAAGAAUAUCAGCUCACAGACUCAUCCUUGUUUCCAGAAGUUCUGUGUUUCAUGCCAUGUUGUCUUCCAUUGAGUCCCUAUCAUGGGAGAUAACUUUGUUUAAUAUCACCAAGAAUAUGUUCACCUUAUUUCUCAGGUUCCUUAUACAGACCUGAUUGAGUUGACCAUUGAUGUCGCUAUAUCACUUCUACCAAUAGCCAAACAAUACGCAGUAGGUCAACUCAUUCAUAAAUGUGAGCAGUUUAUUCAUGAAACUAUCCUACAUGAAAACGUAUACUGUGUGACCCUACAACAGGAACCUCCAGACUUACAAGUCCUAGCCUCUCAUAUCAUGGAUGAAAUUACUUCAAGGAGGAAAGAUGAUGGUUGUUACGAUGAAAUAUCAACCACAGAAAAGACAUUACAAAGAAACUUUGAUGUUAAACAAGAUAUACGAGAUAUUGAUGUAGAGAAUGAUGAUGCUGAAGAAAACAAGAGUAAACCUUACAGAAGUUUUUGUGGGAAAAGAUCAAUUGCAAAUAUUCAGUCAGUUAAGAGUUUGUUGUUAAUGGGUAAAACAAGGAAAUCUGGAGGAAGAACAUCAAACAAGAAUGACAAAAUGCUAAUCCAGCGGGAAACAGAGACACAGAAACAAAAUCCUCUCAGAUGUCCAAAAUGUGGCCAGGAGUUUGAUAUUGAUGAAAAAUAUAAACUUCAUUUAGGAAGGAAACAUGGCGAGAAGGUGUAUAUGUGUGAUGUUUGUCAGAGAUCAUUCAGCCGAGUUCAUGGACUGAAAGUUCACUACCGAAUACAUACAGGGGAUCAGCCAUUUGUAUGUCACGUUUGUAACAAGGGCUUCAAAGACAGAAGUGGUUUACUGAGGCAUCGUGUCGUACAUACAGGAGAAAAACCCCACACAUGUGAUGUGUGCAGCGAGGCAUUUACGCAGAUUGCUACGCUUCAUAAACACAAGCUACGUCACACUGGUGAAAGACCAUACGGGUGUGACAGGUGUGAGAAAAGGUUCAAGUGUAAAGCAGAACUCAGGCAGCACCUAGGAGUGCAUCAGAGGAAGAAACCACACAAAUGUAAUAUAUGUGAGAAACAGUUUGAGCAGAAUUCCAAACUACAGGAACACACAUUAGCACACAAAGAAAAAUGGCUAAUACAAUGUGAAGUUUGUGGUAAAUCUUUUUUAAGGAAACAUAUAAACUCUCACAUUCAAACUCAUAAUGAAAAGGGAGACAAACCAUGUUUCGACUGUGGUAAAUUAUUCAGAAAAUCAAGUCACCUUUUGGAACACCGUCGAAUACACACAGGAGAAAAACCAUUCAUGUGUGAUGUGUGUGGUAAAGUGUUCACGCAAAGUGCAACACUUUGUAAACAUAUCAGAAUACACUCUAAACCCAAACCAAUCCUCGCCUUAUCACCAGGAUUGGAUUCCCGUGCUCAGCCUUUGAUGAAAGAUGUUGAACUGCCUGAAAAAUAAAUGAUUAUUCAAUAAG